AUGCAACAUCUUACCGAGAACCCAGACAAAUAUGAACCAGACCUCGACUACCCUAAUGAAACCCGCAGCCAUGAAUCUGACGACACAAUUGACCAUGUUGACACUCUCGAGCUAACUCGAAUCAACACCUACCGACUACAACAGAAGACAACUGUAGGCUCUACAAGAGGGCCUAUUCCCCGCGAAAAAUGGCUCCCUAUGGGCGCCAACAAGGAGUAUCCACCCCUGCUCCCAGACUCUGAAGACUAUGUGGUGGAGUUCGAUGGGGUCAAUGACCCUUUACAUCCAUACAACUGGUCUAUGACUAGACGAAUAAUGCUAGUUUGCGUCCUCUGUUAUGGAACCUUCGCCGGAUCAUUCACCAGCGCCGUCUUCUCGGCUGCGAUCUCUGGCGUCAGCCAAGAGUUCAACAUCAGUAGGGAAGUUGGCUCGCUCGGGGUGACACUCUAUGUUCUUGGAUUUGCAGCCGGGCCAACAAUCUGGGCACCGGGAUCAGAGCUGAUCGGCAGGCGAUGGCCGCUAUGUGUCGGUAUUUUCGGAUGUGGUAUCUUCACCAUAGCAUCUGCCGUUGCCAAAGACAUACAGACCAUCAUGAUCUGUCGUUUCUUUGCGGGUCUAUUCUCAGCUAGUCCGAUCUCAAUUGUUCCCGCAGUCUUUUCAGACAUGUUCAACAAUGCACAGCGGGGUGCAGUCAUGUCGAUCUUCUGCAUGGCUGUCUUUGUUGGGCCCUUUGCGGCACCAUUUGUGGGUGGCUUUAUUGCAGACAGUGGGCUGGGAUGGCGGUGGAUUAUGUACAUCUCUGCAAUCAUGGUCUUUCUGGGAUUCAUUCUCAUCCUUGUGUUCCUCGACGAGACCUAUGCUCCAGUUAUCCUCGUGCGCAAGGCAGCUACCCUCCGCCGACAAACUCGCAACUGGGGCAUCCAUGCAAAGCAGGACGAAGUGGAGGUGGAGAUCACAGAGCUUCUGCGGAACAACUUCGCCCGUCCUAUUGUGAUGUUGGUCACGGAGCCUAUUCUGCUUCUGGUAUCACUGUAUAUCGCGUUCAUCUAUGGCCUCAUGUACGCUCUCCUAGGCGCCUAUCCCGUUGUCUUCCAAGGCGUAUAUGGGAUGAACAUGGGACUCGGAGGACUUGCCUUCAUUGGGCUCAUUAUUGGGGAACUGCUGGGCGGUGUCUAUGUCCUUAUGAUUCAAAGCUCAUACAGAAUGAAGCUGGCGGCGAAUAAUGACACGCCUAUUCCUGAAUGGCGCCUCUCGCCAGCGAUUGUGGGAGCCGUGGCUUUUGCUAUUGGGAUGUUUUGGUUUGGCUGGACCGGAUUCACUUCAUCUAUUCACUGGAUGGCCCCUAUGGCCUCCGGAAUCCUGACUGGACUCGGGAUUUUCUUGAUCUUCUUGCAAUGCUUCAACUACAUUGUUGACUGUUACCCUUCAUUGGCUGCGUCUACAAUUGCUGCAAACACGAUCUUACGGUCAGCCAUCGGCUGUUCGUUCCCACUCUUCUCCCGCCAAAUGAUGGAGAACCUCGGUGUUCAAUGGGCAGGCACAAUGUUGGGAUGCAUUGCAGUCGUGAUGAUUCCCAUCCCCGUUCUGUUCAAAGUCUACGGCCCAUGGCUGCGACAGAGAAGCAAAUUGGCAUGCUCGCCAGUUUAUGAUGUUGAAAAGAAACCUUAUGAUGUCUGA